AUGAAUUAAUUCGAGAAAAGGACUUCUAGAGAUCCUGAGAGUGUGAUCAAGAACAAGAGUUAGAAAUUCUUGGUUGAGAUGAUCUCCAGAGAUAAAUCAAGAUUAACCUAAGCAGAAAGAGUAUCAAACGCAAGAAAGACAUUGAUGGAAACAGAUGUUUCGAGUGAAUAAGUUGAGAAAAUUUUGAGCCUAGAAAUCCCUAAAAUGGAUAAACCAUUAAUGUCUUACAUUUUAUCAGAGAUUAUCAAUAGCAAAAGAUAGUUCUCUCAAUAAUUUUGGUAAAUUGUCAAUAAGAGACUGAUUGAAGUUCUUCUUUAGAAGUCAAGUUAGAUAUAUGAGAAAAAAGUCUUAGACUUGAGUUAUAUUGUAGACGCCUUAAGCAAAGAAAACUAAGCCAAUAAAACUGUUUGGAGUAUAAUAGAUAAAAAAUUUCAAUCUGUGCUAGCAAAUGCUAAUUUUGACAAUUUCGAUAAUGAAGCAUGUACUAAUAUAUUGUACAUCAUAAAAGGAUAUCUGAGAAUCAAUUUAUUUGAGUAAGAAAAGAUUCUCAAAUUUGAUGAAACAUUACUAAAGAUUGCUAAAAAGCUUACUGAUCCUAAUUCCUAUUUUCUACAACUAGAUAUUCUAGCCUAAAUAGGGAAAUUAGUUAAUAAUUCAUAUGGGGAUCACUAUGGCGAUAUGAAAAAAUGUGAAAGAGUGCUAAUUUUAAAGGUUUUUGAAAAUCUCUCACAAUUCAAUUUAGUCAACUUAACAAAUUUGUUGUAAAUGUUUUCAUAAGAUAAGACCGAGAUAGCUAGACAAACCUUACUAAUCAACCAUAUAAUAAAUAAUCCAGAAUUUUCUGUUGGCUAGGAUAUUGAUUAAAAAUAAAUUGGUAUGCUCAGUUUUUACUCUGCUAUGAAUAUUGAAGUGCAAGUAAAAGCUAUGCAUCAAUUAAUUCUUGAACUAUUUGAACCAGAAUCAUAUUUUGGCAAUGUUAAAUAUAAAUUAUAAGAAAAAUAGGUAUAAAUUAAUGAAUUAUCAAACUUUGCACAGUCUACUUUGUUGUACAUUGAGAGCCAUCUAUUGAAUUUAUUUAAUCAGUCAUUACUCACUAUUAGCUAUUUCAGCUUUAGUAAAUUAUACAGAGCAAUGGCUAAAUUAAACCUAAGUAUAGCAAAGCUUGACUUCGUAAAAUCUAACAUUUCUAAAUUUCUUGAAAAUAAUGUAGAUGUAUAUAGUAAACAAAUUGCAUUAAGAGAUGAGAUAUCAUAGAAAUUUAUUGAAAUAAAUUACAAGUAAGUAGAAAUGAAGAAAAUUGCCUUGGUUGAAGCAAUUCAGACCAUUUUCAAUAAAUAUAUUGAAUAUAUUGAUGAAAUUCCCUUAUGCAAUAAGAAAGAUUUAGCAGAUUUUAUCUACUCAUUAAGCAAUUACCCUGUCCCUAAUAUAACAAAUAUGUAAAUCAAAAUCUUAUUGAAAAAAUCUUAUGAAUCAGUAAUCUAGAAAGAAUGUCAUGAUCAGGUUAAAUUUGAUCUUUUUGAAUCUUGGUCGAAGCUUAUAUUAUAUAAAUAACCUGACAUAGUUUACUUUAAUUUACUUAUGGGUGUUCUAGCUCCUCAUUAUAUUAAGAAAAUUAAAACUGAUCACGAGUACCUUGUGAGUUUGAGAGGUAUAAAAAAUUCAACAAUGUAUCUAACACCAAAUCUCCAAAAGGAAAUUGGAUAUUUAAUUAAGGAUAAAUACUAUAAUAAAUUCUAUGAUAAAUCCAUACCAAAAAGAAGGAUACUUUAAACUGUUCUAGUUUUGGGUAAUUUUCUAGAAUUUGAUGAUACUUUUAUUUGGUCUGAGCUAGAUAAGCAAAUCGAUACUAUUAAACAUGCUUCUAUCUUUAUUCCUGAUGUACUAAAAUAGAUCACAGAUUAAUUUAACUUAAGGGAGGGAAAGUGCCGUUAUCUUACUUUUUCAACGAUGAAUAAAUUACUGAAAGCUUAAAACUAGCCAUAUUCAUUAGAGAAUUAAGAAGGGAAUGCCAUCAUAAAAUUAAUAGUUAGAGAUGUCACAUAAAUUAAGUAAGAUAAAAAUACUAAAUUCAAAGUUAAGGAAGUGAUUAAUUUUGAUCCUUAAGAUCAUCAUCUGCUAGAACAUGAGACACCUAAAACCGGAAAGGAAAAAGUGAAGGAUACAAUAAAAGACACUUCUCUCUCUAGUUCAUAAAAUGAGGCACCCUUAGAGAUUAUGAAUAAAAUUCCUAAAUAAACGAGUCAAAGUAAAAAUAAAAAAGAUUAAGAUGUGGAAAAAGAAAAUUUAGUUCAAUAGAUUACUAAUCAAGUUGAGGUUAUAAUAAAAUAAAAGGAAAAUACUCAAAAUUCAAUGGAGGAUAUGUUCAAAAAAUAAAAGGAAGCUAAGUUGAAACUCAAUGCAUAAAGAUAAGAUUAAGUUGAAAAAUAACAAUCACUGGAUGAUAAGCAAUGA